AUGCUCGUACUCCUUCGCUCGACUGCACGCGCCACUCCACAGCUUUUCGCCCGACCUCUCGCCGUGACCGCCUUCCGCCGGCUCACCAGCGCCGCGACUCCUCCUCUCGCCAUGCUGCAGUCGGUGACCUCGUCGAAAUUCCGCAGGCAGGUGGAGGAGGCUUGCGGAACUGAGAAUGACCAGGAUGCCAGCAGGCCGAUCGUUGCCAAGGUGGCGGCUGGACUUGCUCUUGACGAGUGGGAAGCGCAGGUACGCUCAGCACUUCAACCCGUCCAAGCAGCGAGAGAGGACAAACUACUGACUGCAGUACCUUGCAAGGACCUCGAUUCAUACGAGUUAUUCAACUCCAGGACUCGAUACGUCUACUCCGGCGAGAUCGAGCCGUUAACGCCCGGUCAGGAGGUGGACAACCAUCCUCUCUUCUGCUUCCUUCUUGGCCUUCACCACCUCGCCGCCCCGACGAUUCGAGCGGCAGAACAGCCCGUCGUCAUUUACACCAUUGAAAAAGAGGCUGCGGCCGGCGACUCCGUUACGUUUUUGCGAGGCAACAUCUACGAAGAUCCAGCAAUCGAUGAACUCGCCACCUAUCCAGCCUGCACCAAACUCAAGCUCAAGUUUAUGGAGGACGAUGCGGGCGUCGUCGAAAAUCCGAAGGGCGUGACGGUCCGCCAGCUGCUCGACCUGGCAAGGCACUACUUUAACACACCUCUCACAGAGGAGGAGACGCGCUAUGCACGGCGGUGUCUCUCCAGGAGGACGGGCGAUGUGGUCCGCAUCGGAGACUGCCUGCCGCAGGUCUGCAGCUUCAUGCGGUCUUUCAAGGUUGAACAGGGUGGCAGCGUUCUGGCCGAGUACAUGUGGUUCCAUGACAGGCGGACACAGAAACAAGCGGAGUAUGCACAACGGGCUCAACAGGCUGUGGUCGAAGUGUAA